GCAUGGUAUAUCCGCUCUUGUUUUUACUUUUUUGUUCUAUUUCGGACAUCAAUUGUCUUCUGAAUAAGGCCUAUCCCACGCCACCCACGGCAGCGUCCUCCUCGAACACUCUCGAUUCCCAGUUUAUGCAUCAACUUCUUCUUCAAGAACAACAACUCCGGAUAGAACUGCAGAAACAAAUAACUAGCAUCCAGUCUCAGAUACAAGACCUGAGUACCAAUGUCAUUACAUGUGAGAAUAAUUACAGAAAUCUACAAACAAAAUUUUCCGACCUGAAAGCCAAUCUGUCGACAAUUUGUAACCAAGCGCAAGUAGCUUUCUUUGUGAGGCUUCGUAACAAAAUAACCAAUCACCACCAAUCUACCAUUAUCGUCUUUGAUGACGUCCAACUGAACAAGGGAAAUGCUUAUGACGAAAACAUUGGGACAUUCGCUGCUCCUGUCGACGGCAUCUACAAAUUUGACCUGGUGCUCUCAAGUGACGUAGAAAACGGUCACGGAGAAAUGAUGCACAAUGGCGUCAGAGUACUCGAUGUGUACGCAGAUAAACACAACCAGAGAUGGUUUGGUCGUGGAAGUGGUGCGAUUAUAGUGCUCAUGAAUAAAGGGGAUAAAAUGUGGAUUCAAAAUACAGAUACUGGAAACACAGUCAUCAAUGCUGGAGUUGAGACAGCAUUCUCUGGCCAUCUACUGUUUCUUCCAUAA